UGUGUGGCGUGCGUGUGUGUGUUGGUGGUCGCGUGUUUUCUAAUGGAGGAAGCUGGUGGUGAGAUUCUGAGCAACUUGUUGAUUAAAUUAUCGACAACCCGCGGCUUGUUGCACACCCACCAGCUCAUUUGUUGGCGUGAUUGACCACUUUGCUCAUUUCUCUCCGCGCAGUCAGGAAAUCUAGCUAUGCGCCGCGACACUGUGUUCGCUCAGAUUGCGUCUCUCUUCACUGCCUGGUCUCUUGUGCAGACAAUAGAAACAGGCGCUGGUAAUGUGUUCUGGAUUGAGGAACCAGGCUAACAGUGUUGCAUGGUUGAAUGCAUGUUGCAUCUACUGUUCUAGAGCACUUGGGUGGCCUGAAGCGUGCCAGACAGUGUAGCCAGUCUGACCAGUGAAUUCCAAUCUUGAUGUUUAGUGUUGGUAUUUCUCAAGGGUUGAUCAACCAGUUACUAUUCUUGCAUCCACAGCUCAAAUGUCUGUUAUUAUAUCAUAAUCUAAUAAAAGUAUUUGUUUUAUUAACUUUCUGCCAAUGAGAAAAUUUUGCAUUCUAAUAUUGUUAUCUUUUUGCUGCAUGUGAGUGUUGCUUGUGGGACUGCUCAUAGGUCAGUAGACAAGUCGUGAUCGAGGAUCAUGGGCAAAUGUGAUAGGCAGUGCAAGCAUAUUGUGAAGUCAAGCAUUAUGAUUACAUUGUCUGUUAUGUUGGUCGUUUGUUGUUUUGUGAUGUAAACUUGAGAUUUUAACUUGUUAGUGGAUAUUCUGGCUGCCUUUGGAAUGCAUAAGGACAUUCAAACUAAACAUCUUCUUGAUGAUAUAACAUUGGAUGUUGUUGAUCAGCAAGAGUAUGCGUACACAGUGGGUGAGAAGGCAACAGCCAAUAAGUCAUUGUCUACAUUAUUCCCAUCUGGAUUUCCCUAUAAUUUCUCCUUGCUGAUGAAAAUGAAAGUUGCAAGUGAGGGGAAAGGCUACAUAGUAGCUAUUCAAGAUCAACAAUAUGCUUUUCCUUGGUUUGCAAUCAGAGUAGAUGGUGAUGAGGAAAAUAUUCAGAAGAUAUUAAUGCAAUUUCAAAGGAAGAAGCAAGUCAUCAUUGCAUCAGUGAAAGUGCCUGUUUUCCAAGAAAACCAGUGGAACAGUUUGGGAUUAUCUGUGACUGGAAAUUUAUUGAGUUUCUAUUGGAAUUGUGUGCUGAAGAGCACUCAGUCUGUUGCUAGGGAUGAAAGUGUGCCAACCAGGAACUCGAAGUUGUUUUUGGCAUCAUCCGGAACCAAGAGAAGAAAGUCUGUGAAGGUAACUUUCUUUGAGUUGAUCAUCACUGAAAGAGCAGUUGAUGCAGCUGCAAUGUGUACCCACAAUAACACGCAAACUCAUGACAGUAGUAGAGCUAUGGCUUCUACUGUUCAUGCUAUAGGCAGUCACCAUGGUAAGCCUCCUGCUCCUACUGAAAAGAUGUCAGCGUCGGCGUCGUGGGAGUGUCCUAAAGGAGAUAAGUGUUAUAGUUUGAAGGAUCCUUUGUCAGAGCCAUUGAUUGUAAAUGGGAAGAAGCAGAAGGGUAAAAGUUCCUCAGCUCAGAGAGGUCAACCUGGAUUGCCUGGUAGUAAGGGAGUUCGUGGGCCACGUGGAAUUUCUGGAAUGAAGGGCGACAAAGGUGAAAUAGGUGACACAGGAGCUGAUGGACCAAUUGGAGGAAAGGGUAUGAAAGGAGACAAGGGUGAACAUGGUUUACCAGGCGUUCAAGGACUCUUAGGUGACAAGGGAGAGAGAGGUCCAAUGGGUCCACCGGGAAAGAAGGGCGAGCAAGGAAAGAAUGGUGCAAUGGGAUUACAGGGCAGCCGAGGACAUCCAGGUGUUAAUGGAGUGCCAGGCACACAUGGGCAAAAGGGUGAAGAUGGUAAGCCUGGCCUCCAAGGAGUAAAGGGAACUAAGGGUGAUAAAGGCAUUGGAGGGCCAAUGGGUAGGCCUGGUGUUGGCCAGAAUGGAGAAAAAGGUAGCAAGGGAUUAAAGGGAGGUGUUGGACCAGUGGGGCCAAUAGGUAGAAAGGGCAGUGUUGGCUCUCAAGGUCCUCGGGGAUUUCCUGGCCCUCCCGGGCCUCCUUGGAAAGGAUCUCGUUCGGCUUUGAUCGAGCUUAUCAAUGUAACAAGCAUGGCUGCAGUGUCUGGAAUUAAAGGAGAAAAGGGAGACAAAGGCGAUGGGAUAGCAAGUGAUGUGAAGAGACUUGCUGCACUUUCGUCAUCAGUUGAGGGUGUGGUGAGUAUACCCACUUCUCUUGGUACUCAAGGACUGCCGGGGCUUAAAGGAGAGAGAGGAAGACCAGGACCACAAGGACCACCAGGUCCAAAAGGUGAGCGAGGAAUAGCUGGUCGUCCAGGUUUGUUUGGAGCUCCUGGUGACAAGGGUGAUGUGGGUGAUAAGGGUGAGCCAGGAGUUGCGAGGAACGGGCUUCCAGGAUUAGACGGGCGAGAUGGAGAGAAAGGUGUGAAAGGAGAGGCAGGAGCACCUGGACUGAAUGGAGCACCAGGAUUGAUUGGAAAGAGGGGAAUACGUGGCCCGUUUGGUCCAAAAGGGGAGUCAGGCAUUCGAGGUUUACCUGGUCCACCUGGUCCACCAGGAGAGUCAUCACACUCAUCUGGUCAAGGCAUUGAUAUUGUUGUUGGACCACCAGGAGAAAAGGGACAACGAGGUACACCAGGAAUCUCUGUUAAAGGAGAAAGGGGAACUAAGGGAGAUAGAGGGCAAGCAGGUCCUCAAGGGCAACCAGGACCACCUGGAAUUUCUAUUGAAGCAUCGUCAGAGUCUAGCCAGUUUGCAGAUAUGAAAGUGGGGAAGAAAGGUGAUCGAGGGUUUGGUCAGCUGGAAAUCGUGAGUUCACAAAUCGAACUGUCAACAAUCGACAUGGAGGGCUCCAUUGUGUUUCGUCGUGACAUGCAACGACUCUAUGUGCUGACUUCGAAUGGAAUUUGGAAAGCUAUUCCAUUUAUGGAAGAGAUUUCAGAGUCAGCACUCGUUACUCAACCUGGCAAUAGACAGGUGUCUUCUGUAUCUGGAUCUAGUUCAUCUGAGACUAAAUGUGGUGAUGGCGAAGUUCAACCCGGAGAAGAGUGUGAUGGUAGAAACUUUGGAGGACAAACUUGUCAAGAUCUACAUGGAGAAACGUCAUUAGGAGAACUCAUUUGUUCAUCUAAUUGUCAUAUUGAUAUGUCCAGAUGUCAGCCAUCAUCGGUGAUGCUUAUUGCAUUGAAUUCUCUUCAUAAUGGGUCACUAGGUGGCCUUACUGGUGCAGACAAAAUCUGUCAGGAUGCAGCACGAGAUGCACGAAUUGUUGGCACAUUCAAAGCAUUUCUUUCUGGCAGAGACAGAAGCAUAUUGAGCCUUGUAAGCAAGCACUAUCGACGGCUACCUGUUGUCAACAUAAAGAGAGAGACUUUGUACAUUUCGUGGGAGAUACUGUUUUCAGGGCAAACCACAGUCUCGUAUUCACCUCAUCAUCUCAGCUUCAAUGGACAAUCUCCUCCAAAGUCUGAUCUAUGGGUUGGCUCAUUUUUUGAAAACACUAAAUCUGAAAACACGUGUUUUGGAUGGCAGUCUCGUAGUCGUUACAAAUCUGGUCGAUCAAGCAGCUUGCAACGACAGCUUUCUAGUCAGAGAAGUCUAUCGUGUGACAAGAAUCUCAGCGUCUUAUGUGUCCUUGCUAUAUGAUGUGGAAAGGUUGUACCUUUUUCAAAUCUCUAAUCGUAAACAUUGGUGCACCACGACACUAAGUACAUACAACACAUGGAUCAAUCUCAAGAGUUGUAGAGUUAUGCCUAUCGUAAGUUCUGUUUCUUGGCUAAAUAACAGUCUUCUGUACAAUAUGCUUUCUAAGAUAACUAACGACUCAUUAUUCUCAAUACCAGCAACUAUUGAAUGAUGAAA